CUAAUGCGCUGCAACAGAAACAGAACCUAACGGGCAAGUAUGCAGCCCAUGCUUGACAAAUCGAGCCUGCAGCACGCGCCAGCUCGCGCAAACGGCGUAGGUGCUAUUCAGAAGACCUGUCUAUGGGUUAAUAUGCAUCAGGGACCUCACCAGAAUUAAUUUUGGGGCCCAGGAAAAAUUUGCGCCGGCGCCGUACCACAGUCUCAUUGCGCUCCCGCCGGGCUCUUCGCGCGCGGCCGCGCCUGUCUCUGUCUCUUUCGGUCCUGUUUGUGGGCGUAGCCCGUGUGCACCUCACAGCCAGCAAAAAUGGCGCUCUCGCAGAAGGAGCAGGAUAUCCAGAUGAUGCUGGCGGCCCAGUGCCACCUGGGCACCAAGAACUGCCACUACCAGAUGGAGCGGUACAUGUACCGUCGUCGCCAGGAUGGUAUCUACAUCAUCAACCUGGAGAAGACCUACGAGAAGCUCCAGAUGGCCGCUCGUAUCAUCGUGGCCAUUGAGAACCCCCAGGACAUCUGCGUGCUGUCGGCUCGCCCCUACGGCCAGCGCGCUGUGUUCAAGUUCGCUCAGUACCUGGGCUGCAAGUCCAUGGCUGGCCGCCACACCCCCGGUACCUUCACUAACCAGAUUCAGAAGGCGUUCGAGGAGCCGCGCCUGCUGAUCCUGACCGACCCCCGCACGGACCACCAGCCCGUGAAGGAGUCAUCCUACAUGAACAUCCCCACCAUCGCGUUCUGCGACACCGACAGCCCGCUCACCCACGUGGACGUGGCUAUCCCCGCCAACAACAAGGGCAAGCACUCCAUUGGUGUGCUGUACUUCCUGCUGGCGCGCAUGGUGCUGGAGAUGCGUGACCAGAUCAACGUGACCAACCCCUGGUCCGUCCCCGUGGACCUGUUCUUCUACAGGGAGCCCGAGGAGGCCAAGGAGGCCGGCGAGGAGGAGACCUUCGAGGCGGAGGGCUACGCCCUGCCCGCCCCCGUGGGUGCCGCUGAGAACUGGGGUGAGGCCGCCGCGCCCGCCCCCGAGGCCGCUGGCUACGACGGCGCCGCCGCCGCCGGUGGCUUCGAGGCCGCUGCCGGCUUCGAGGCCGCCGCCCCCCCGGUGGCUGGCUACGUCGCCCCCGAGGCCUUCGGCGGCGCUUUCUAAGCGCAUGCCACGGCCUGGGCCCUCGCGGCCCUGGAGGAGGCGGUCCCCGUCCUCGAGCUCGCCGCCCUGUGGGGCUGCAGCGGCGCUGGAGCAGCAGCAGCGCGCGGUGCUCUGUGCUGCAGCGGCCUGAGGCCAAGGGCGUAGGAGGCGGGCCGCGGCGCGCCUGGAGCCACGUCUGGUGGAGAACGGGAGGUGCCUGGUGGAGUCCGGGAGAGAGAGCUGUAAAGUGAAAAGCCAAUGCGACACGCGAGCGCCCUGUGUCUGUGUCCGUGGUUUGUUUCUGGGCGACAAUGUGCGGAUGCAGCAGCGGCACUCGGGGAGACUGCGGAGGGCUCCGCAGCGCGCCAACAGGGGCCAGCACGGGCGGCAGCGCCGGGAGAAUGCCAGCAGUAUCCAGCUUGAUUUUGCAUAGUGAAACGGGUGGUGCGUAGGGGUAUGCAUUAUUUACGCGCGCACUAACACGCAUCGAUGCGAGCCAAGGGCAAACGUGAAGCAUCAAUUCCCCGAACUGCUCAUCAGCACCACUGCUUCGUAAGUCGCCCGACUGUUAUAGGAUGAAUGAUGAAGCUGCGCACAGGGCUGGGAGCUGGUGCGU